AAACUUAAUGAAACGCGUCUUGACAUUUUUUUAUUUUUUCCUGUAAAUUUUCGGUUGUUAAAAACUGAAUUAAAGGAGAGAAAAUUCUUAACCCAAAUACAUUUAAGAACUCCUACUAAUAUUCAUCAGCCAUUGGAUACUUAUAGUCAAAGCGUAGAACAAUGGAUGAAUCACAGUUCAUUGAACAACCACAAGAUGCCAUUUUUGGUGACAGAGUUAGAAGAUUUCAAGAAUUUUUAGAUCGAAUUGAUGAUGAAGGUUCAACUUAUAGAACUAGUAUUAAAGAUAUGUUAACUAAGGGUAAAUAUCGAUUAAGUAUUAGUAUUGAUGAAGUAAGAGACUUUGAUAAAGAAUUCUGGAGAGGAUUAUUGGAUUCACCAGCUGAUUAUUUACCAGCUUGUGAAAGAGCUUUAAGAGAUACAGUUCUUACAAUUUAUGACCCAUCAGAUCCUGAUUUCCCCGAUGAUUAUGAUCAAAAUCAACAAUUUUAUUUAUCAUUUAAAGGUUCAUUUGGGGAUCAUCAUGUAAGUCCUAGAUCUAUUAAUUCAGGUCAUCUUUCAAAAUUAGUAUCAAUUGAAGGUAUUGUAACUAGAGCAUCUUUAGUUCGUCCAAAAAUUAUUAGAUCUGUUCAUUAUGCUGAAGAAACAAAGAGAUUUCAUACAAGAGAAUAUAAGGAUCAAACAACUUCAUUUGACCCUAUUUCAACCCCAGCAAUUUAUCCUCAAGAAGAUAUGGAAGGUCAUAGAUUAACUACUGAAUAUGGUUAUUCAACUUAUAGAGAUCAUCAAAAGAUUUCUGUUCAAGAAAUGCCUGAAUCAGCUCCUGCUGGUCAAUUACCAAGAUCUGUAGAUGUUAUAUUAGAUGAUGAUUUAGUCGAUUUAACUAAACCUGGUGAUCGUAUUCAAAUAGUUGGUGUUUAUCGUGCCCUUGGUGGAGGUGCAAAUAAUAAUUCUUCAUUUAGAACAGUUAUUUUAGCCAAUUCAGUUUAUCCAUUACAUGCUAGAUCUACUGGUGUAGCAGCUCAAGAAAAAUUAACUGAUCAAGAUAUUAGAAAUAUUAAUAAAAUAUCUAAAGAAAGAAAGAUUUUUGAUAUUUUAUCAACAUCUUUAGCACCUUCUAUUUAUGGAUUUGAUUAUAUUAAAAAGGCAGUUUUAUUAAUGUUAUUAGGAGGAGUAGAAAAGAAUUUAGAUAAUGGUACUCAUUUAAGAGGUGAUAUUAAUAUUUUAAUGGUGGGGGAUCCUUCUACUGCUAAAUCUCAAAUGUUAAGAUUUGUUUUAAAUACUGCUUCAUUAGCAAUUGCAACUACUGGUAGAGGUUCUUCAGGGGUUGGUUUAACAGCAGCGGUAACUACUGAUAAAGAAACUGGUGAAAGAAGAUUAGAAGCUGGUGCUAUGGUAUUGGCCGAUAGAGGGGUAGUAUGUAUUGAUGAAUUUGAUAAAAUGUCUGAUAUCGAUCGUGUAGCUAUUCAUGAAGUUAUGGAACAACAAACCGUUACAAUUGCAAAAGCUGGUAUUCAUACUUCAUUGAAUGCUCGUUGUUCAGUUAUUGCUGCUGCCAAUCCAGUCUUUGGUCAAUAUGAUGUUCAUAAAGAUCCUCAUAAAAAUAUUGCUUUACCAGAUUCAUUAUUAUCACGUUUUGAUUUAUUAUUUGUGGUUACUGAUGAUGUUCAACCCACUAGAGAUAGAAUUAUUUCUGAACAUGUUUUAAGAAUGCAUAGAUUCAUUCCACCCGGUUUAUUAGAAGGUGAACCAAUAAGAGAAAAAACCACCUUAUCAUUAGCUGUAGGUGAUGAAACUUCACUUCAACAAGAAGAAUUAGAUCAACCAGUAUUUGAAAAGUUUAAUUCAUUAUUACAUGCCGGUGUAGCUGUUUCCAAAUCAUCUAAAAAAUCUCCAACUAUUUUAUCUAUACCAUUUUUAAAGAAAUAUAUUCAAUAUGCUAAACAAAGAGUUAAACCAGUUUUAACUCAAAGAGCAUCCGAUUAUAUUGUGAAUACUUAUUCAGCUUUAAGAAAUGAUUUAAUAGAUAAUAACCAAAGACAUACUGCUCCUAUAACUGCCAGAACUCUAGAAACUUUAAUUCGUUUAUCUACUGCUCAUGCUAAAGUUAGAUUAUCAAAGACUAUUGAAGUUAAAGAUGCUAAAGUUGCUGAAGAAUUAUUAAGAUUUGCUUUAUUCAAAGAAAUUACUAGAAAAUCUAAAUCUAAAAAGCAAAAGACUGGACUUCAUUCAGAAUCAGAGCCAGGAUCAUCAGAUGAGGAAUCAGAAGAAGAAGAAGAAGAAAUAUUGCCAAGACCAAGUACGGCUAGAACUAGACUUAGAGCUCAAUUACAACAAAGAACUCCUUCUAUAACCCCACCACCAAUUCCAAGAGAAGAACAACAAGAUGAUGAUGAAGAUAUUGAAAAUAAUCUUGAUAACUUACGUAUAUCAGAAGGUACUUCAAAUCAUCCAUUAACUGAAACAAGUAUCAGUGGAACAAAUGCACCAGAUACUGGAAUUAAUUCAGGAAGAUAUGCUACAUUCGUAAGUACAAUGUCAAAAAUCAUUCGAUCUCCAUUAUUUGAUAAUGAUGACUCAGCAGCUCCUAUUGAUAGUGUCAUAGAAGCCAUUAAUAAUGAAGUCUCUCAAGAAGAUGUAUUUUCUGAACAAGAGAUAUCAGCAGCUUUAGAGCAAAUGGAACAAGAAAACAAGAUUUUCUCAGGUGAAGGUAAAAUCUACAAGAUUUAAUGCUUAAUACAUUUCACCAACAUUUUCUCCAUGUAAUAUUACUAUUGUAUUUUUAGUUCUUCUUUAGUUAUAUACCAUCGUAUAUUAAAUUUAUAAUUUUUAACAGAAUAUUUCAUAUAUUUCACAGACAAGUUGCAAAAUUU